AAAUUGAAGAUAAAUUUUCAGAUGAUCUAAUAGAAGCCCUUUUUUAUGAUAAGCUAACAAGUACAAAACAAUCAGCUAAGAAUAAACAACAGAAGAUAAAGAACAAACCUAUGUCAUCAAGACUAGCAUUUAAUAGUGCACCUAUAGGAAUAACAGCUCUUACACCUAAUCAGAAAAUACAGUGGUCUUUAAUUUAG